UCAUAUUUAGCGUUAAUCUUGAUAACGUAUGAUAAAGUUUUUCAUUGCAAAUGAAUUCGUAAAUAAAGUGAGUCCCGUAGAGUGAGCGUGAGUCGUGCGAGUUGCGUGAGUCGUGUCGCCUCGUGUUAGACUGUGUUCAUAAAGUUGCCAGUAGUUGUGUUUAUUUAACAUUGGAUGCCUCUGACACUGUCACAUAAUUAGGUCCUAUAUUUUCAUCCCUGUGUGUGUGUGUUUUAGCGCGAGUUAUGGCGCGAGCGUCGCGCGUGUUCCCCGCCUUGUUGCUGCACAUCAACUUGCUGAUUGUGUUGUUCGCGGGCGCCAUGCUGGCGACGGCGGCGCGGUUGAAGUGGGACCCGAGCGCCUACAUCCCGGCCCGGGAGCUGCUCCCCGCUGAGUACAGGAGCGCGGCAUGGGUGCUUCCUGCAACCGGCCUCUCACUGCUGCUGUUAGCGCACCUCGCCCUCACCGCACUCAGCUCCCGCCCCGCAGCUAGACGAGUUAUGCUCAUUGUGUACUCGUCGUUGAUGGGUGUGCUAGUGUGGUGUUGUGUGUGGUGGGGAAUGUGGAUCUCGGUGAGAGUGAGUCGCUGGGCGCGUGGACCCACCGCCUCGGACUUGAACCACGCGCUAGCUCUCCAGGACGAUCUGCAUCCACUACUGCAGCACCUCGCACGGUUCCAUCCCCUGCCAGAGAAGGUCCAUAGGCUGAUCCAGGAGGCCGACCGCGACCUGCCUCGCAACGUGUACGUGUUGCUGGCGAGCAGCGCCGCCGUGGUGGUGCUGCAGACUACGGCGGCGGUGGUAGCGCUCGGCGCGGCGCUCUCCGCCCCGCCUACGCCACGCCGAGCGCGACGCGACAAUGACGUUCUGGCCUACAGCAACACUACCACGUACACUCCGCUCAGUAUGAGGCGAGGAGAAGAUAAGAUAUCGUUAAGGACAGUGUAUAAGAACGGCCGACUGGUGGUCGUCUGACUCACUCACUGAACUCACACUCACUAUACUCUUCUUCACUGUCGAGGUGGAACAUUCAAGGACUUACUGAAUAUUCUUAAAAGUAUGACAGGAAUGUGGAUUAGAACAGUUAAUUCAAUUGAUCACAUUAUAUUACGUAAACCUUAUUUUAUCAGUUUUAAUUUAAUUGUAAUAAAUAAAAUAAAAAUGAAACAUACGAGCAAAUAAUUAAAUUUAGUAA